AUGAGCACAACAACACCCCAAGAAACAGCGGCAGACCUGCAAAAAUUCACAAUAGACCUCCUCUCCAACACACGAGGCAUCGAUCUCCAGCCAAACCAGGAUGCAAAACCAACCUCAAUCCCCGACCUCCUCACAACCCUCUCAUCCCAGCUCCGGGAAGCCAACAAGAAACCCGAAGCAAACGCCCUCGAUCAACUCCACGACAAACUAACCAAACCCCCCUCCCACGGCGGUCUCGGCCUCACCCCUUCCACCCCUCCAUCGCCCUCCCAUCUCUCCGAAGCGAAAUUCCUCACAGAAGCAUGGCUGCACUCCGUAACCACCUCCGCCACCGCACGCUCCUACCUCCUCACCCUCCCCUCCAAACCCCCGGACCGCAAACCCAUGACCCUCGCCCAGAAAAUCUUCACCCAACACGCGCUCUCCAGCCGCUCCGCCCAACACGGUCUGGCGGUCGGGGACGUGGUGCGGGUGGGCGCGGACUGGAUCAUCGCCUCGGAGCUCUCGUGGGCGCAGAUGGAGGAUACGUACCACGCGCUCGGGUCCCCGGGGAUAUGGCGCAACGACCGGUUCUGGAUCGCUGGGGAUCAUGUGGUGCAUCCGUCCAUCACGGAGACGCCGAAGGUGAAGGCGUUUGUGGAGAGCGCGGAGAGGGCGAAGCGGGAGUUUCGCAUGACGGAGUUUCAGGGGAUGAAUUAUACGAUUAUGCACACGGAGUUUGUGAGGGAGAGGGCGGAGCCGGGGAUGUUGGUGUUUGGGUCGGACUCGCAUACGUGCUCCGCCGGGGCCGUCGGGUGUUUGAGUAUUGGGUUAGGGGCAGCGGAUGUGAUGAUGACGUUGUCAGUGGGGGAGACGUGGUUUAAGGUGCCGGAGUCGGUGAUGAUUUGGUUGGAAGGGAGGCCUGGGUUUGGGAUCAGUGGGAAGGAUGUGAUUUUGUAUAUUCUGAAGGAGUUGAAGCGGAAUACGGUGGCGGCGGAGCGGAUUGUGGAGUUUGCGGGACCGGGGGCGAAGUGGUUGAGUGUGGAUGCGAGGUUUGCGGUUUGUAAUAUGGCGACGGAGUUUGGCGCGAUUACUGGGGUGUUUGUGCCGGAUGAGGUGACGAUGGAGUAUGUGGGGAGGAGGAAGAGGAGGGUGAAUAGGGAGAACUCGACGUACUUCAGGCCGGAUGAGGAUGCGGAGUACGCUGGGACUUACAAGAUUGAUUUGGAGAAGGUGGAGCCGUCGAUUGCUGUAUAUCCGGAUCCGGACCAUGUUGUGCCCGUGUCGGAGAUGGCUGGGAAGAAGCUCGAUGGGGUCUUUAUUGGAGCUUGCACGACGACCGAGGAGGAGCUCGUGCUGGCUGCGCUCGUGCUCAAGGUCGGAUUGGCAAAGGGUUUCCCACUCGAGAAAGGCAAGAGGCAUUAUGUGCCCGGCAGCCUCCCAAUCGUGCAAAGACUUCAGGAGCUCGGCCUGCUCGAGAUAUACGAGGAGGCCGGCUUCACUCGUGGUCCGCCCGGGUGCAGCUUGUGCGUUGGCUUGUCUGCAGAGAAGGCCAACGAAGGCGAGACGUGGUUGAGCUCGCAGAACCGCAACUUCCAGAAUCGCAUGGGCAAGGGAUCAUUUGGCCAUCUGUCGUCUGCUAUGGUAUGCGCGGCGUCCUCUUUCUCGAUGGAGAUGACGGAUGUUGCUCCCUUCUUGAAGGAUAUCGAUACCGAGUUUUUCAAGUAUUACAAAGGAGAGAUCGACGGACAGUCUUUGCCGGAAGUGCAGUACGUUGAGCCCAAACCGCAGGAAGUGGCCUCCGAGGAGCUCGAAUCGCUGCCUCAAGCUUCCGAAAACUCCUCAACUGGGACAUUAGAGAGCGGCAUCAUCAACAGCAAGAUCGUCACCUUAGAAGAUUUCAUCGACACCGACGCCCUCUCCCCCGGAUUCACGCUCACCUCCUGCAAAACAGACGACGAGUUCGGCCAAUACGUCCUCAUGCACACCCACCCCGACUUCCGCAGCAAAGUUGCCAAUGGCCAACGCGUCGUCGUAGCCGGCAAAGCCUUCGGCGUCGGCUCCAGUCGCGAGAGCGCAGUCUCCGCUCUCAAAGGCGCAGGCGUACAAGCCGUGAUCGCGCGCUCCUUUGCUUUCAUCUACUCGCGCAACCAACCGUCCCUCGGACUGUUGGGGAUUGUGAUGGAAGAUGAGGACUUCUACGCCGCUGCGACGGAAGGAGAGGAGAUUGAGAUAGAUAUUGAAGCAAGGAAGAUCGAGGUUGGAGGGAAGGUGUGGGAGUUUCGGUUGUCGAAUAUGGAGUAUAAGCUGACGGUGAACAACGGGAUUGCGAAGACUUACGGGCGGUUUGGGAAGAAGAUCUGGGAGCGGUUGAUGCAGGAGGAUCCGGGGAAGGGGGUGAAGCCGACGAUGGAGGUGGAGGCUGCGUGGGCGGCGCCGGAGGAGAGGGGGGACAGUCGGUUAAAUUGGUGA